CAUCAUCGCAACUUACUCGUCGCCGCCAGGACCCCGAGCGCGCGCACGCAAUGGCGGUCCUUGGGCCGCUCGGCGCGGCACCACGUCGCCGCCGCAGCACCCAAGGACUGGUCCUCGCGGACGACGAGCGGCACCUGGCUGCCCUCGUACUGGACGACGACGACGUCCUCGACGGCGCCCGUGCCCCUGCCGACGUCCUUCACGUGCGCCGUCGCGGCCUCGAGGACCGGCGCCUUCUUCUCCUCGAGGCGCCGCCGCGGCUCCGGCUCGGGCUCGGGCUCGGGCUCGGGCGCGAAGAAGAGGGCCCGCGUCUGCUCGACGGCGGCUUCAUAGCCCGCCCGGCAGUGGUCCCAGUUUUGGGCCGAGGUGCAGGGCCGCCCCCGCUGGUCGUAGACGUCGCGCGGCCGCGCGCCGGGGUGCCACUCGGCGCCGUUCGCCGCCGCCACGCAACUGUCGAAGCACUCGUCCGUCACGCCGCGAUUGAACGCCGCGAGGCAGGAAUUCGACGCCUCCGAGCGCUUCUGCGCCGCGAGCGUGCGCGUGCGCUUCGCGCAGAGAGUCUGCGCGUGGAGCCGCCGAUGCACCGUCUUGCAGUCGGCGCGGCACUCCGCGUCCGGGUCCUCCCUUACGACCGCCGCGGCCAUGUCGUGGCUCGCACCAGCUGUGAGAGCCGGCAGGAGCAGCCAUCUUAUGAGUGGCAUGGUGUGGCCCCGCGGCUGCCUCUGUGUAGCACUGCCCUCCUUGGGCUGCCUCUCUGUGGUAGCUGCCCUACGUUCCUUGGGCUGCCUCUGCGGUAGCGCUGCCCGCGGCGACGGCGUGGGGCUUGUCCGGCACGAGACGUGGCGCAGCCGCACGCUUUCGUGAGCCCUGGUUUCACGCACAGCGCGGCCCCC